GCUGUGGCCGCAAUUCCCAUGCGAGGACCGUCACUUUCCUCUAUCGGCUGAUUGGCGGAGUGACCUUACGGGGUUGGAGUCUCUGGUCCGAGCUUCCGUCAAUGGCGUUCCUGCUCAACAAGACGAACCCUCUUUCUCGUCACCUCCGAUCUCAUUCGCAGAAGACGGAGGAUGCUUUUGCUCUCUCGCGCCGUGGAUUUCACGUGGAGCCGGGGCCUCGCGAGAAAGCGCUUUUAGCACCGGAUCCAGCUCUUGGUCGAUUCAAGUCACACAAGAAGAGUGUGAAGACUUUGAAAAGAUUUUUUGAUGUUCUCACGAUUGCUGUUGUUGCUGAUUGCUUUUAUGACAACUCAUGGAGGCAAAGAAAUGUUUCUGCCUCGUGCACUAGUGACCUUCUUCUUUGGAAGUACUAUGCUCAGUAAGACCUCUGCUGCAUUGGCAUUAAUAGCUACUUUCUAGCUUUCUGUUCAGCCAAGGAAAAUAAAUAAAAGGGACGGUCCUUGCAUUUUGAACCAUGUUUCAUGUUCUAUCAACUUAAUCAAAGGCUUCUCUUCAUUGACCGAUCUUCACAAUUUCUGGUGCUCUGAAUAGAAUGCAAAAGAAUCUACUUGAAAAUAUCAAAAUUAAUCUGGUAUUGCUAUUGCUGUUUUGCAUUAUCAUGUUGCAGCAGUCUUUUUUUCCUUAUUCUACUAGCUAGUUGAUUUGCAUCUUAUGCCUUUGACCACUUGCCCUAAAGGGUUCCCCACUAGUGGCAGUUCCUUGCUUGUUUUAUUGGUUGAUGAUCUUGUUGUAAGAUGAUGAAGUUUCAGCAUGGCAUCUGUUUAGAUUAUCCCUUCACUUUGAAUUUUGGUAUUCUGUUAAAAAUAAUAAUAAUAAUAAUCUUUAUUGAAAGCAAAGUUGUUUGUUCUCCCUCGAUUCUCAUGCAAAAUUGCACACUCUAUCAUUGCGAGGCAUAUGUUUCACCAUUUUGAUACUGCAACUAGUUGACUUGGGAGUAGCUCUUGGGUAUUUUUUAUUUUACUCCGUAUAGAGGAAAAUGGUAUUGGUUUCUGAUGUAAAUUCAUCUGUUAUCAAUGAAGUUUCAUCAUUUAUCCAAAAAAAAAAA